AUGACUGAUAUCCUACGAACCACGUCGGACGGCCACCAGGAGAUCAGAACUGGGCUAGGUUGGCGCAAGGUUCUGUCUCCCACGAGCAAUGAGGCUACGACGGAACUUCCUGUGAUUGAUAUUGAGGACACAAUUCAUCCUGACGUGGAGUGCCGCAGGGCUGUUGCAAAGAAGAUAUGUGCUGCUGCUGAAAGGACAGGGUUUUUCUAUAUAACUAACCAUGGAGUCUCCAACCCCUUGAUUGAGUCUAUCUUCGAUGAGGCAAGACGGUUCUGUCAUGAAUUGACCCUCGAGGAGAAGAUGGAGUUGGAUACGGAGAAACACGAUCAUUAUUAUGGCUACUAUCCAAUCAAGCUCAACCCGAAUCAGCCUUCGGGAGCAAGUGAACGUCAGCUGACGCUGAAAGAACUAAAUGAAAGCAUCAAUUAUGGUUACGAGCCGUCAACCGAUCCUGAUGCCGCAGACGUCACCAAUAAUGGCGAUAACUGGUGGCCUUCCGAGGAGCGUCUACCCGGGCAUAGGCGCAUGGUCAAGUCGUUCAUGUCGGAAGUGUUGAAACUAAGCAGACGCUUGCUGAGAAUGUUUGCUUUGGGUCUGGGCCUCGACGAACAUGCAUUUGACUAUCUUGCGACUCGGCCAUAUUCGAUUCUCAAGCUGGCGCAUUAUCCAGGCACGAUCGAGGGAUCAGAGGAGCCCUCUGCAAUUCGGCCUCACACAGACUACGAGAUUCUCACACUCCUGUUGCAGGACAACAUACCCUCUCUCGAAGUCUUGUCAAACACUGGCCAGUGGAUCCAGGCCAAACCGAUCCCAGGGACGUUCGUAGUAAAUAUCGGUGACACCAUGGCGAUGCUCACCAACGGGCUGUUCAUGUCGACCAUGCAUCGAGUGCUGAAUACUUCGCGACGCACUCGUUACUCGGUACCCUUUUUCUUGGGUGCGAAUCAAGACGCAGUGAUCAAGGCGCUGGACAAAUACGUGACUCCAGAUAAUCCCGCAAAGUUCCAGCCCAUGACUUCGGGAGAGUACAUUCGUCGGGGGCUGCAAGCGGUCUAUUCGAAGCCAAACACCGAGGUUAUUUAUGAAACCAUCGAGAUUAAGGCCCUCGGAUGA